GGGGACAGAGGAGGGGGGUGGUGUCUCGAGUUGUGUCCCUUCCUAUUUCACCACAGCCGAUAAAGUGAAAGAGAAAAUGCCUGAUCCUGCAAAAUCCGCCCCUGCGCCCAAGAAAGGCUCGAAAAAGGCCGUGACCAAAACCCAGAAGAAAGGGGACAAAAAGCGCCGCAAGAGCAGGAAAGAAAGCUAUGCCAUUUACGUGUAUAAAGUGCUAAAACAGGUGCAUCCAGACACGGGCAUCUCCUCCAAGGCCAUGGGCAUCAUGAAUUCUUUUGUCAACGACAUAUUUGAGCGCAUCGCCGGGGAAGCAUCGCGCCUGGCGCACUACAACAAGCGCUCCACCAUCACCUCCAGGGAGAUCCAGACCGCCGUCCGCCUCCUGCUGCCCGGAGAGCUGGCCAAGCACGCCGUGUCCGAGGGUACCAAGGCUGUUACCAAGUACACCAGCUCCAAAUAGAGGCGGACAGAGACUGGCUCAACACGAGGGGGGUGACUGUCGACAAAUCACCGCCACGACGAGUCACUGUGUCGGGUGUUCGUUUUUGCCAAAACUGCGUUUGUGAUUUUGCACCAUUGUCGCUUUCCGGAGAGAAAGAACCCAGGCCUUAUGUUCAGUGCGUUGAGAAUCAUCGGAACUGUAGCCUGCCAUUUUGUUUUAACACGUUGUGUGUUUUUUUGAGCUGUGUAACGUUUUUAACUAAUCAUUAAAUACUCUCAGAAUGAAUGUAAGUCGGUGCUUUUAAACUGUGGAAACCUCCUUUUUGCUUUGCACCAUUGUAUUACUAAUUUGUAUGCAGCACCUUUGGAAAAUGACCAACAGAUAUAUCUAUAUAUGUAAUGUCACAGUCAACCAUUGUGAGAUUAAAGCUGUGACUUCAAUUCCGGUGCCAGGUUUCCUUGAUAAAUGAAUCCUGUCUGUAAACUUGUGAGAUUGAUGAGGGAGAAAACACUGAAAUAUGACCUGAAGCUCUAAAUUACAGCGACACUGAACGGCAGCUCGAGAUAACAUGCAUGAAAGGUGUGCAUGUAUGCAUUACUGAUGAUCAUACCAAACUCCUCUUUUCACUCUCUGUGGGUACAGUGGAAGCAUUUGAUUGUUUUCUGCACAUUUCUUUUAGACUUAACCCGAGAAGUGGUUCAAAAUGUCUCUGAACUAUCACUAUGUCAUGGCUUGAAACAAGUUAUUGCAUCUGACGAGACAGCUAACAUUGUUGCUCUCUGAUCAUUUUAAAUUUAAAGGUUUUCCUACUUUCUUUGGUUGAAAAUUUUUUUUCGAAUCACUGAGUUAAACAGGAUGGAAUUAGAGGUAGCAGCCCUGCUCUUUAGAAACAAUGUGGUCUAAAUUGUCCAAAAAGUAGGGGACACUGGGGACAGCUUCGACCCUUACACAUUUCUGUCUGUCGCUCAAUUACAAGCCCAUAAAAAGAACCAAGUUAAACUUAAAUCUGUCAGCUUAUCACUAUAUAAGGCUGAAAGACUCAUACACAUCCACCAAAAUAAACAGAGAAGGUGGAUGAUAUAACCAGAGAGAUGAAAGGUUUUAGCUGCAACGCUUUUAAGAGAUUUGAAAGUAUGUUUGUUUUCUUUAGGGGGCAUAGUGAUUAUAUAAUUUGGAGUCUGCUCGAUGACUUCCUUUUUAACCUCCUUGUUUGAUAAUGCAUGCAGAUUAAUCAACCAAAUCUUGGUGAGCAUGUGCAAGGUGAGUACAUUAUUUUUACCCCCUUUCCUAACCCUUUACUACCUUUUGUAUCAUAUUUGAUACAUAGUUUUAUAUACUACUGUCAAAUCAAUAUGAUCAACAAAUUACUGAAAAAAACACCUAAAUACAGUCCGAUAAAUGAUAUAAAUGUCCUCUAAUACAUCUAAUGUAUCAAACAAGAUAAAUAAAUAAAUUUGUUAAGAUUUAAGGACAUUUUUUUAAUAAACAUUUCAGCUAAAAAAAAUUGCAUUUUCUGGCUAUAAUUUGUGGUUUCAGGCAUUAA